AUCUAGAAAUAUAUACAAAAAACAUUGUAGAAUUUUUCAACCCCCAACAGCACAAAUUUUCAAUUGCGUUAUUAUGUAAUCAUGUUACCCUAAUAUCGCGAAUAAAAGUCAAUUCACAGGUUACUGCCAGUCUUAACCUCUUAUCAUCGAAUUAUGUUGUCCUGGUAGCAUCUAGUUGAUCUGGUGCUUGCAAAGAAUAUCAGCUAUUCCAUUUCACUGAAUUGAAUAUCAAACAUGAAUGUAAUGACUGCAAAAAUUUUUGGAGUUUCGAGAGUCGCAAAAUGCACGUUAAACAGAAGAACACAAGUGCUGUUGUUCGAUAAUAUCCAAACAAGAUGCAAACAUAAAAUGACGAGGCCUAAGGCAUACGAGAAGAAUACAUAUGCAGAGACGGAGGAAUCGAUGGGAUUAUUUGCUUAUUGCUUGUUGAGUAUACCGGUCGGUGCCUUUGCACUUGGCACUUGGCAAGUCCAGAGGCGAAAAUGGAAGCUGGAUUUAAUAGAUACCCUGAAGAAACGCACGUCAGCGGAGCCUAUCGACCUCCCAGCUGACUUAGAUGAACUGAAGGAUAAGGAGUUUUGUCAGUUGAAAGCGAAGGGCAAGUUUCUAUACGAAAAGGAAUUCCUGAUAGGACCUCGAAGCCUCAUUAAAGACGGAGAAGCAAUAAGUGAGAAAGGUGGUGGACUGAUCAGUGGCAAAUCAUAUACGGGGUAUUACGUGAUCACGCCUUUCAAGCUGGAGGAUCGAGACAUGACUAUUAUGGUGAAUCGUGGAUGGAUCCCCAGAAAGGAACGCGCGACGUUUAAAGAAGGAAAUACCGUCACGGACUCCAUAGAGAUCGUAGGCGUCCUUAGAAUGACUGAAAAGCGACCACCAUUUGUGCCGAACAAUGCUCCCGCGAAAGGAGUGUGGCAUUACAGGGACUUGGAUGCGAUGGCGAAAGAAUCAGAGGCGGAGCCUGUGUACAUAGAAUUAUUGGCGAGAUACAGCACACCCCACGGGCCGAUCGGUGGCCAGACGCGAGUAAAUUUAAGAAACGAGCACUUGAGUUACAUAUUCACCUGGUACGCUCUGUCCACGUGCACGGGCUACAUGUGGUAUCGGUACUUUGUGCGAAAAUUACCGCUGCUCUAGUCGUUGUUCUCUUGGGCGCGUAUUUAUGCGACGGUGUACACCGACGAUGUAAAUAAAAUGUGGAAAUGUAAUUAGGAAAAUGUUGUAAUUACGUAUAUUAAUAAAUAUAUUAUAUACGUAUAUUA